AGGGCAGCCAGCUGAAGGGCACUUGUUGGAGCAAGGGCAGCUGGUUGGAGAGGGAAGGGAUGCCCAACAAGGGUGCCUGGGGGAUCCGUUGGGAGGAAGGCUUGUGAGCCUGGGAGGGACAGUGAAGAGGGCAAAUGGUAGGGGAUUGGGACUGACCAGACAGGAGGGGACUUGGAGGUGGAGAGACCAGUGGAGGGAAAAGCUCCAGCAACACAAGUGUGAGGCCCCAAGGGCCUGGCCCAGGUGGCUACCAGGAGUACUGAUGGAAAGCAGAGAUGAGGAAGGCUUUGAAGAUGACCUCUAGGUUCCUAGGGUGAAUGACCAGAAAAUAAGGCAAAUGGAAACUUGUGAAGGGACAGCCAGUUUAGAGGCAGGAGCAAGGAGGAGGAGGCUUAGAGUUUAGGCCAUGUCGAUAGCAGUGGUUCAAAAUGCUUUUCUGUUUCUUUUUUGUUUACUUUUGAAGGGAGACCAGUCUUCAUUGGCUCCUGGUUUUGUAUCCAAAGGUUCAGUGGCUCUGGGGUGAACUUUCAUGGAGGCUCCUCAGCAGCAGAGUCCUGACGACUCUUUCUGGUUAUUUUUAAGGUUCCAGGAGUCCCUGUGCUGGCUACAAUUUCCAGGAACUGGCUGCUACCCAGAGCCAGUUGGCCCCUCCCAGGCUCCCUCUCCCUACAGGGUGGGGCCCCAAGGGUGGAGGCCCCUUAGGGUGGAGUCGGGUGGGUCUCCAGCGAUAGGGAGGGCACCAGGCAGAGGCAGAUGAGAGGCGGUGUGGCCUCACACAGCCCUCUGGAUUUGAUUAUAUAACGCUUUACAGAAGAGAAUUGUGAGGGCUUAGGGGAGGCCUGGUGAAAGAGGUACACAGCAGGAUUAGACAUUAUGGGAAUUUUUCAAUUUAUCUUGGGUUGCUUGCCCUAAAAACUAAAACACAAAAUUGUCAGAGAGCAUAAAGAAGGAAAACAAAGUAUAACUCUAGUAGGGAAAAUGAUUUCAUUUUCACUAAAAUUUCUUUGAGAAGGUCAUGGAAUGCCACUGGCCAGGUGGCCAUGAACUUGGGAGCUGACCUAAGGAGUCUUAAGUGUGGGUUUUGCCACCCCCUCAUCCCUACCGCGUUGGGCCUCAGUCUGGAAAUGUGUAGGGAUUUUGCUGGGUUGUUACCUUUGCACCUGUCCUUAUUUACAUGCAAAAUCAAUUGCUUCACUUGGUCUUUCCGAAGUACAGGGUGUGGGCAGAAUCUUAUCUGAAGCCAUGUCCUGUUUGGACAAGUUGGACUCGCCUUGGCAACUCUCCAUAGGGUGGAGCAGAUGGGUGGAGGCAGGAAAGUAAAAUUGGGUGGCUUGUUAGCUGAGAGAGGAGAGAGGGCGGAUUGUUUGCUCACUGGAUCAUUAUAUUUCAUCUGAAACGAAAUAAUUAACUUCUUUCCCAUUUACAAUACACGUUCAUGCAAAAUAACUCAUGAGGGGUAAAGAUUUAGAAAUAUUCCGUGGAGUUUUUUUCCUACUCCUCUUGAACCAACGAUAGAAGACAGAGGCAGGUGACCAUCCUGGAGGGGUAUGAACAGGACGCGUUUCCAGGCCCAACACCAGAGCACCCUAGAAGGUUUAACUAAAAGAAUGCUCAUGUUUGACCCAGUCCCUGUCAAGCAGGAGGCCAUGGACCCUGUCUCAGUGUCCUAUCCAUCUAAUUACAUGGAAUCAAUGAAGCCCAACAAGUAUGGGGUCAUUUACUCUACACCAUUGUCUGAUAAGUUCUUUCAGACCCCAGAAGGCCUGCCUGGAAUACAGAUGGAGCCCGUGGACCUCACAGUGAACAAGCGGAGUUCACCGCCUUCAGCUGGGAAUUCUCCUUCCUCACUGAAGUUCCCGUCCUCACACCGGAGAGCCUCGCCUGGGCUGAGCAUGCCUUCUUCUAGCCCGCCGAUGAAAAAGUACUCACCCCCUUCUCCGGGCGUGCAGCCCUUCGGCGUGCCACUGUCCAUGCCGCCAGUGAUGGCAGCUGCCCUCUCCCGGCAUGGAAUACGGAGCCCGGGCAUCCUGCCUGUCAUACAGCCCGUGGUAGUGCAGCCCGUCCCCUUCAUGUACACAAGUCACCUCCAGCAGCCUCUCAUGGUCUCCUUGUCGGACGAGAUGGAAAAUUCAAAUAGUAGCAUGCAAGUACCUGUAAUUGAAUCAUACGAGAAGCCUAUAUUACAGAAAAAAAUUAAAAUAGAACCUGGGAUCGAACCACAGAGGACAGAUUAUUUUCCUGAAGAAAUGUCACCCCCUUUAAUGAACUCAGUAUCCCCCCCACAAGCAUUGUUGCAAGAGAAUCAUCCUUCGGUCAUCGUGCAGCCUGGGAAGAGACCGUUACCUGUGGAAUCCCCAGAUACCCAGAGGAAGCGGCGGAUACACAGAUGUGAUUAUGACGGAUGCAACAAGGUGUACACUAAAAGCUCCCACUUGAAAGCACACAGAAGAACACACACAGGAGAAAAACCCUACAAAUGUACAUGGGAAGGCUGCACAUGGAAGUUUGCGCGGUCUGAUGAACUAACAAGACAUUUCCGAAAACACACUGGAAUCAAACCUUUCCAGUGUCCAGACUGUGACCGCAGCUUCUCUCGUUCUGACCAUCUUGCCCUGCAUAGGAAACGCCACAUGCUAGUCUGAAUGCCUCCGUCUCCUGCCUCUACACGACCCCCCACUCACCUGGCUCUCUGUCCUCCCUCCCAUCGCCUAACACAUUUUUUACAUGUACAUUUUAAUUUGGAUUCAGCUGGUCUGAAUCUCAGAAUUUAUAUCAUUCAAAACUUCCAUAUGGUCAGUAGUAGCUGUUCUCUAAUCCUCCCUCUCCUUACCACGGGUCAGACCUAAAGAAUGUGAACACUUUUUUUGGGGGGGGAUGCUAAGCAAACCCUUCUUGUAGAUACGUUUAAUGUAAUGAGAACAAGGGAACAUGUAAACUAACGUAACCAGUUAUUGGUUUCUCCAUGUAUUCCUCAAAAGAAUGUCAAAGUAAAUGUAUUAGAAAUACAGUAUCCAGCCUGCUAGUCCUUGCCAGAGACAUUCAUACUUCUGUGCCCUGUGAUCACGUUUUAUUCUUGACAGCAGAAAGAAGGGUGGUGUCUUUCACCAAUUAGCUAGAAGUGUAGCAAGAUUUCAAGCUAGCAGAGUCGACUCUUUCAUCGUUCUCACAAAUCUUGUCAGCCUGGAUUUAUCACUUCAUCUGAAUCAAGUUCUUUGCGCUCCUCUGUGCCUGCAGCUGACAUGGAGGUCUUUGCCAUCACUGGGAGAUGAGCCAGAGCUUUUAGGUCGGUGAUGUGUCUCCUAUUUCAAGGGAUGGAUGCUAUGCUUUCCUAGCCUGGAAAGGAGCAGGAGGCCAUUGAGUAGGGGAAGCCAGGGAGGCAAAGGAGGAAGCCAACCAUUCCUCCUGGGCUAGGGAUUGUUGGUGAGAUCUCAACAUUUGGGUAGCUGUGCAGUGCAUUUCCAGAGCGUUGGUCUCUUGUGCAUGUUCAGCCACGCAGAACCUUGCUGCAAAGCCAAAUACCAAUGGGGUCAUCCAUGCAACUGUCUCCAUUCCUACGUUGUCCUUAAUAGAGAGGAUUAGGCAUUAAUAGUGGGGACUCCACAAAAAUAUUUGCUUGGUAACAGUACAAAUCUGGGUAAGAGUAUGGAUGGUCUUUCUUUUAUUUUUUUGGAUGGUCUUUCUUUUACCCAACUUGCAUAACAGCUUUGUUGUAAACAGGGAAGUGUUGAGUGGUACUUAUAUUCCCCGUAUCAAAUUAAUCACAUAGCUUUUAUACAAAAAUUUUUCUGUGUGAGCUGUAAGGUGCCAAACUGGCUGUCAUUUGUGUUCAUGACACAUAUCAUAAAGAAGCAUCUGCUAAUGCUUUAGUAGAUUCAUUGAAUUAAAGCCCUGAGUGACACUAUUUGUAAAUAUGAUUACUUGUGAAGCACACAUACCUUUAUUUUGGGAAUUUCUGAAAAACACAGGAAACCAGAGAUCAGGGAUUCUAUAUAUAUACAUUAUAUAUAUAUCAAAAAUUCCCAAAAGUUUACUGGUAGAGCUGGCAAUUACUACCACUGUCAAGUAUCAGGACAAACUGAAAAUAAUGACUCGUGUUUGUGUUGAAAAUAAAUAUCACCAUUAUUGGGGCAAGGUUUUCAAAAGCAGGCUUUUGAGCGCCAUAGUCAUUGUCAAUAAAAAUUGAUUUAUGCAUAGAAAUGCCGUUAGUCUUGAAUUUGAAGAAAGUGGGCGACAGUGGUUAAAUGUAGGUGCAUAUAAAUAAAUGCCUUUUCAUUCCUCCUUAAAGAUUGGAGAAGAGAGAAGAAUGGAAUCUUGAACAUUCAUCCCAGCCACAACUCAGGAUCCAAUACAACCUUAACUGGGAGGAAUACAUUGUUAAGCAUUUUUCAAACACCAGUGAAUGAGUGACUCUAGAGGCCUGGGAAUUGUGUGGGGAGUUUGCUUUGAUGAUGCUAUGUUAAUAAAAAUUGUAGGCACUGUGUACCAGAAAGGUCCGGCUCAUCACCCCUGUAAACCAACUGAAAGGAGAUGGAGUUGAGAAAUUUGUUAUGUUGGCACUUGGUUUUGAUUUUUUUGUUUUUAAGCACUGCAGAAUUUGUUCGGAACAUUAAAACAUCCUGAUGGGGCUAUUUUUUCUUCGUUUUUGUAACUAAGAUAUGAAUUGAGAUAAAAAUGGCUCUUUGAAAAGUAGAUAUUGUCUGUAUUAUAAAUGCUUAGUCACAUUCAUCCCGAAGUGUUCGUUUCUUGAAAUGGUUCUUCCACAGCACACAGAAUCAAGAUGGAAGGCAAGGAACUUGUUUGUGUAUGUUCCAGCCGGUACUGAAGAGGGGAAAGGGGAUGGGAGAGGACAGAAUUGAUCUCUGAAUCAACUUUGAGUCCAAGUUUAGUUAACAGAAAGCUUUAAGAGUUCUCAUGAAACUUGAUGCUACGGCAUAUUUAAAUGUUCAAAAGAUAGGCAAGACCCUGCAAAGACUCUUAACGUUGUUUAGCUUGCUUAGGUAAUGAUAACAGGUCAGAGGCAAAGAUCCAUUUCAAUUUUGGAAAAACAACCCAGAGAAGCCAUUCUCUAUUCCCAUGCUGGUCUAUAUACUUUUGUUGCAAAUUGGCCAUUACCAAAUUUUUCUUAUAUAUAUAUAUUUGUAUUUUACUAUGAUAGUUGAGAAAUUUAGUCUUUAGUCACUUUUAGCUGUUAUUGUGGAAGAGCUUAAAUACAAGAUGCCCUUGAACAUGUGGUUUUAAUGAUGUGCCAUGUUACUAUCAAUGGUGAUUUUCAUUGCUUUUCAUGUUUUACAUUGAUGAAAAUGAUAAGUAAACAUGAAGUUGGUGUCAUGUAAAUUUUGUGUGUUAUAUACCCAGGUGACAUCCUUGAGAAGUCAGAAUUAAAUCAGAAUCCAUCAUAUUUUAUUACUUUAAAAUGUGAAUCUACAUUAUAAAUGGGCAUUAACAUUCUAAAUCGCUUUGUUUGGAGAAUGUGUUAGCAGCAUAGCUAUGUUCAGCUAAGGAGUUGCUAAAUCCACAGAAGUUUCAAGAGCCUUGGAACAGAAUUACAGGGGAACUCUAUAUGUAUAUGUAUAUUUUAUUAAACACCCAUCUGCACUAUCAGUAUUGCACUAAUGUGGAAUUUGAAAGACUAUUUUGCUGAUCCUAUACUACAUGUAUCUGCACAUCAUUCCUGAUUAGAUUGUUUUAAAGACAAUCUUAAGGAUCUAAGAUUUGAUCAUUUGAUUUGAAAAUAUAUAGUUGUCUUGAAGGAAUUGCUGUCAUACAUGAAGUUGCUCAGAGUUGUCUUUAUUCUCUUGGUCAAGGUUAAUUUCUAAGUUGAUUGCAAAUUCAUCUAAAUACAUUUACAAAGCCAUUUUACAUGCAUUAAACGAGGGCUACAACAAUAUUGUUUUACAAAUACUAGCACUUUUUUUUCUGUUAUGUACUUAGUGUUAGAGGGUCAAAAUAAUCUUUCGGCUUAGCAUCUCUUAAACCAUACCUGCAAGUAUAGCAGGAUUAUUACAUUUACAGUACUUUAAUACUUGUAUAAACUAUGCAGAAAUUUUUAAUAAAGUGUAAUAUAUUUUAUAAGCUAAGAAGACUGAAUGGGUAAAGGUUUUUAGCAUGCAUUAGUAUACUUGCAAAUACUGAGACAUUUUGGUAAUCUUUCUUACUAAAGAUGUGAAUGUUUAAUGUACCUUCUCUGUUUCUACUCUGUAGUCCAAUGGGAAUUCAGUAAUGACAUUUUGUCAUGUCAAACUGUGAACAUAAAUUUGUACUGUACAGUCCUCAUAUACUAUAUACAGUAUGCAAUAUAUGUAUUAUAUACUUGUUAAUAAAACCAUCAGAAUAUUAA